AUGACCAGAUCGUGUUCACGUUUUCAUCACGAGCAGACGCACCUGAAAUACGUGGGCUGCUUGGUGGAUACAGAUAUAUGUUUAUUUACUUGUGAACUAUUAGUUUCUUUUUUAAACAUGGCUGCGAAACGAGCAAUUAACUAUCUAACAAACAAAGAAAUGCGAGAUUAUCUGACAAGCACACAUUUCUGGGGACCUGUGGCAAACUGGGGUAUACCUAUUGCAGCUAUAGCUGAUUCUGGAAAGGAUGUUUCAAUGAUUAGUGGAAAAAUGACAUUAGCAUUGACACUGUAUUCAAUGAUAUUUAUGAGAUUUGCUUGGAAAGUGCAGCCCCGCAAUUUGCUCCUUUUUGCCUGCCAUUUUACCAAUUCUGGUGCACAAAUGUUUCAGGGCUACAGGUUUUUGAACCAUUACUAUGGUUAAAAAAAAGAAGAAACCUCUUCAUAGUACACAUUGUGUUUUAUGUCUUAUGUGUCCAAUUAUACGUAGAGAGCUUUACAGAGGAAUUGGUUAGUGCCAUUUAUUAGUGACAUUAAAAUAUUAACACGAACUAUAUCUAAGCCCCAACAAAACAAUUGUUCUUAACAAUGCUCACCUUUACAUGUAUUUUUAGUGUCUCACAAAAAAAAAAAGCAGAAUGCACAAGGUCAAA